AUGCGCAGUCGAGCUGUGGUCUGUCCGCCAUUGAGACACACGAUCUCAGAUAGAAACGGGUCAGAGGCAGUGACAGAGACGACGCUCACGUUUCUCCAUUCCUCGUGCUCUGAACUUUGACGGUUACCGUUUUUUAAACAACGUCUUUUUACAGUCCGUUUACAUUAGUGUGUGUUUUUUUUGUCCCGAGAUACGCUGAUGGACCCGCACAGGAUAUUUUAGUAGCUGUCCAGGGCGAGCGUGUGUUCCCGUUAGUGGGUUAAGCGAACCGAGCCUGGCUCUGCUCUGGGGGCAAGUGUGCCUGCAGCAGCUCAGCGUUUGAUGGAUCCUAGAAUCGCCUGGUUUCAGCCAGAACAGCGCGGACCUGCCAACAACCUGUGGAUGCACAUCUGGGAAACGACACAGACUCUGGGAAACCUCUACUUCAACAGCAACUGCAACACAGCCAGCGCCAAACUGACGAGUAGCAGUAACGUUAGCAGCGGCAGCGACGGUGCGUCGAGCAACGCGGCCGACAGCAGCGGCAAGCCCAAGGAUCAUCAGGGGAUGUCUGGAUCCAAACCCGGCAGAGAGGUGUCCGAACAACAAGACUUUAUCCCUCUGGAAGCCAAUAACAACAACAACAGCAGCAGUAGGGCAGGCAGGGGUGUCGGCGGAGGGGGGCAAGUGGGUGGCAGUAGGGUCGCUGGAGUGGGAACGGAGUUGCCAAGCAAGAGGAAAAGAGACAACAAGGCGAGCACCUUUGGCUUUAACAGGAGUCUGCUGCUGACAGAUGGGGUGGAGGACAUUUACACGGGCACGCCGUGGAAGACCAGAAACUACUCGGAAGGCAUUGUGGGGCUGCAUGAGGAGAUAAAGGACUUUUAUGACUAUAUAUCUCCUCGUCCAGAGGAGGAGCACAUGAGGUUAGAGGUGGUGGCCAGGAUCCGUACAGUCAUCAAGGACUUGUGGCCCAAUGCCGUGGUUCAGGUGUUUGGCAGCUUCAGCACAGGCUUGUAUUUGCCUACAAGUGACAUAGACCUGGUGGUUUUUGGCCACUGGGACACUUUACCUCUCUGGACUCUGGAAGAGGCGCUGCGCAAGAAAAAAAUUGCAGACGAGAACUCUGUCAAAGUCCUGGACAAAGCAACGGUCCCCAUCAUUAAACUGACAGACUUGCACACAGAGGUAAAAGUGGACAUCAGCUUUAAUGUACAAAAUGGUGUUAAAGCUGCAAACCUCAUCAAGGACUUCAAACAGCAAUUUCCUGUAUUACCGUACCUGGUGCUGGUAUUGAAGCAGUUUUUACUGCAAAGAGAGCUGAAUGAGGUUUUUACGGGAGGAAUUGGAUCAUACAGUCUGUUCCUCAUGGUUGUCAGCUUCUUACAGCUGCAUGGCAGAGAGGAUGUGUGUAGUUCCAACGCAAACCUGGGUGUACUGCUGAUUGAGUUUUUUGAGCUGUACGGACGGCAUUUUAACUACCUGAAGACGGGCAUCAGGAUCAAAGAUGGUGGCUCGUAUGUGGCCAAGGAUGAAGUGCAGAAAGGCAUGCUGGAUGGGUACAGACCCUCUAUGCUUUACAUUGAGGAUCCUUUGCAACCAGGCAAUGAUGUUGGGCGAAGUUCAUAUGGGGCGAUGCAGGUGAAAGAGGCUUUUGAUUACGGUUACGUUGUCUUAAGUCACGCUGUGUCCCCAAUUGCCAAGUACUAUCCUAACAACAAGUCAGAGAGUAUUCUAGGCAGAAUAAUCCGUGUCACACAGGAAGUAGCGGAGUACCGUGACUGGAUCAGUGCACAGUGGGGCCAGCGGAGCAACAAUGAGCCGGCCCUCAAUUGUAAUGCAAAUGAUGUGACGCUGCUAGUCGAGUCUGAGGAGCUUGAUGAGUGUAAUAAUAACUUUUCAGAAGAUAGCGCGGUGCUUCCUACCGUUCCCCGGAGCAAAAUGUCAUCAAAUUCCUCUUCUCCUUCCCCCUCUUCCCCUUCAUCGCCAUCAUCGUCAUCGCCAUCUUCAACGGCCUCUAGCUCAAGUGAUGCGGACUCUGAUGGAACCCCCUAUAAAACCUCCAAAGCUUCAGGUGGCCGGGGCUCUAACUCUUACAGUGAGAAUACAGAAAGGAAUCUGUCCAAUCACAGGUCACAAAAUCAUUCAGCAGCAAUGCCCACUCCCACUAAUAAGGGCAAUAAGAGUCGACCACUUGCUAACAGAAGUGCUCAAGGGCCACACAACAACCCCAACAAGAUCCAGCAAAACAGCAAGUCCCAAAAAUCCAACAUGAAGAAGAGGAAACCUCAGCGUGAGGUAGCGCAUGAGGACCUGUGUAGAUAGGGGGAGCUGUUCUUGCAGACUCACACCUGCUCUUAAUGUCUCUAACCACAGAAGGGUGCUGUGGGUAUCAUUUAUCUCUCCUGUCCCACUGUUUAAGGGAUGCGUGCGACUUUGUAGCUGGAAAAGGAAAAGAAAAAAAAAAAAGAAGAAUUUAAUCAUGUGGGAGAGUUUAGACCUGAUCUCCACUGGCUUCUGCACAGCUUUUGCUCACUGCCCAAACGGGAGCUGCACUGCUCUACUGGAGAUGUGGAGGACCAGAGAAUGUAGGAGAGAGAAUUCAACUUGAGCAAUACCUGAAGCCCUGGACUUGUGCCUCACUGAGGGCAACUGAAAUAAAAAAAGACUCAAAUUAUAAAAAAAAAAAAAAAAAAAAAAAAAGUUAUAUUGAAAGUGCAAAGAUUUUUAAAUGUCUAAAAAAACAUGAAAAUGUAAUUAGUACAAGAAAAAUUAUGCAUGUUUUUUUUCUUUUUUGAAGAGUGGUUCUUUUUUGUCAUGUAAACAGAUUAUACAAAUAUUUGUACAAGGAAAAAAAAUGAUACAAAAAGAAAAAAGGAAAAAAAAAAAAGAAGCAAAACACAAAAUACCCCAAAAAUGGUAUCCAACAUGGAAAUGGUUUCAUAAUACUUUUAUAGUAUUGUUCAAAUUUUGCCAUGCUAUAGCAAAUAUGUACACACAUUAACCGGAAAACAGCUCCUCACAGCUCUGUACGGGUUUGGGUUCAAUUGCCAACACUUUACCAUCAGCCUCUUCUGCUAUAAUAUUGUUUGUGUAAUGAUGUGGUUGGGCAGUGUGAGAGAGGUGUUAGUAGUUGACUACACAUCCGAAAAACACACACAACUCAGUGUACACUAUAUGCGUGUGUGUGUGUGUGUGUGUGUGUGCGUGUGUGUGUGUGUGUGUGUGUGUGAGCGGUCUAUCAGCAAGAGGAGUAAAGUGUAUUGACCUGGAAAUUUGAAGAACACUACAGCUGGGGUUUCAGUCUGUUUCCCUGAAUGAUCUACCCAUCGCAAAAUAAGUUGUAUUUGUUAAUGUAUUUAUUUUUAUCAAAGACAUUGGAUUUCUAUUAUACUGACCGCAGAGGCCAGACAUGUUUUGUGUUCUGUCUUAUGGCUGCAAAACAUGAUUGUUGCUUGUCAUGUGUGCUAUAUAUAUUUUUUUUCCGGAAUGUCAACUACCCUUUUUUUUUCCCGAUAACAACUGAGUGACCAAGUUUAUUUCUGAAAGUACCUUUUAAUAGAGAUAUAGAAAAGAUGGUUUAAACAUUUUAAUUUGUGGCUGGUCUACUUGAAGGGAGAUGAGGUGAAUUAUUUUGUGUGAAUUUUAGUUUUUGUUUAUUUUAGUUUAUUUCUCCAUUCCACUGGAUCUCAAUGUAUUGCGUAAGCCUGUUAUCUCUAAAUUAAUAUUGCAGUUCUUCAGAUAAACAGUAGGUGGUGGUGUAACCUAAGGUUAUUUCAUGCACUGUAAUUCCCCUGUGACGUUUUGUUUGUUUGUUUUUUAAGAUUUACAUAAUAGGUUUCACAGAUUUCUGGUGUAAGUUUAAGAGAUGAUGGCUUUUGAUGAGGUAAUAUUAGUUACUCCACCUGUGAUGAGUGUAUAUGAUGUAAAAAUGGAGCAUCAAAGCCAGUAGUAUGUCUUAAAACCAGACAGAUGCCACUGAAACAGAGUGAAAGAGAUGCAGAAAUAGAACAAUUGGAAGAUCAUUAGUGCCACAGCCAGUGCUCCAGACAGGUUUACUUCACAUGUAUCCAUGAUCAUCCAUGCAAUAAAAAUUACAGCACAACUAUCAAACAUCAAGCUGGUACAUUUACUAUUCUGUACAAUUUUUGUUCAAUACCUCUUGUUUGUUUUGAAACAUUGCUAUAUAUGUUGUACUCUCCUAAUGUUAAGUGUACUAAAUGUUGUUUGGACAAUUUUUGAUAUUGUUUAAUGUCUCGGUAUAGGGCCUUUAGCUAAAUGCCAGUGACUGAGCCAAGCAAAUGAAUAAUGAUAUUCUAUAGUCAACUGAUACAGCAGAACAAAACUUAGUGCGCAACGUAAUUAAACCUGAUGUUCUCUCCAAGACUCAGUCACACUCUCAAUUUUGACAGUGAUACUUCAUUUUUCUUGGCUUCAUAGUUCUGUUUUGGUUGAGGAAAUUGUUAAAUAUUUGCUAAUUGGUAGUAAAUUUACUUGACGCACAAACUCGUCUUUUUUUUUUUUCAAUCGAAAA